GAAAAGAUAUGGAGAAUAGACAGUGAAAUUAACAAAUUGCUACCAAAUAUUGAAGGUAUUUUGAGUUUUGAAGUUGAGAACGAUGAGUAUCGUGGUCAGGGAUGGUGGGCAUCCUCCAAGAUACAGUAAUCAUGACCUAUUCACACUUGAAAUACACCAUGGUGGUCACUUUAAAGCUGGUCAGUAUGUGGGUGGUAUUGUACAGUGGGUUGACAAUUAUACUAAAGAUUAUAUGUCUAUGCUUGAUCUGUAUGAGGCUGCUACAGUGCUUGGGUAUAAUAAAGAGACUGCAGGUUUUUACUAUUGGCACCAAAUAAAGGGUUUUUUACGAAUUGAAUGCGAUGCAGAUGUGUUUCAAUGGGUUUCACUCAUAUCUCCUCAAGUUAGGCUGCAUUUAUUAUACUUGAUUGACUUAAGGAAAAUCAUAAACAAUCUUGGGAGUGAUCCGUGUGCAGCUUCCUUUGUUGAUGUGGAUGUUCAGUUUGAGGGGUUUAAUGCGGAUGAUGAAUGUGAGGGUUAG